AUGCCGCCACCUCGACAAGUAAUUGACGGUUUAUGGCGUUGUCUCUGUCCUUCUGUCGAUGCCACACUGCUGGCGAAGGCCCCAACCCUGUCCUCCACCUCCGCAAUUCGAUCAAGAUCACGAGUCAGUCGCAAGGAUGGCCUGCAUCGACAUCGAGGAGCACGCUCGCUCAGUCAGCAAUCGCAUGGUUAUCGAGCAAACGUCGACAGCUUUGUCUCCCCUGAUCUAUAUAUCGAACCGAAAUGGCCACAGAGUCAACAAAAAUCCGAAACUGUCGCGGACGCGACUGUGACCGCAACCGAGAUAAUCCAAGCGACGAAUGAUCUUACCGAGGUCUUGAAGGAAGCAUCGACACCUGUUAUUUACGAAGCGCUUCGUGAGCUUCGCAACCACCAUGGGCAACACGGCAAGAUUCGGCCUAUUAUACAGUUCCUUUUGAACAACCGGAAGGAAAAGCCAAACCCCUUCAUCUACGAAUCUCUGGUUGUUGCCAAUUGGGAUAUCACAGGCUCGGCCGACGAGCUCGGGUUCAUUUUUGACUCUAUGGUUGCCGCCGGUGUUGAACCAUCAAUAGGCGUCCUACAGAGUGCACUCAAAGCACUAGCGGUCCAUCCUGAUUAUCUUUUGAGAACUGAUAUCUUACGCUCCCUGGGAGCCAAAGGAGCUAGACUCGACAAAGAAGCUAAGAUCAGCGUCACCUUGGGCCUCCUUCGCGAUGGCCAAUUUGAAAAGGCUCUGGAUCUGUUGGAUGAACUGGUGUACAGCGAUCACUUGGUGCCUGCAUGGGUAUUCGAAAUCUUCAUUUACACGCUCGCAAGGCGUGGGUUCGUCGAGGAGGCCGUUCGGGUCAUGCAGGUAAGGCUCAAAGCUCGCAACCAGAACACCCCGUCCCGCGCGCUGCCUUUGGGGACUUGGUACUUCUUGCUCGACGAAUGCAGCAGGGCACUGCACCACGAAGGGACCAAGCUGGUCUGGGAUCACCUGGUGCAGAAGCGCCUUGUCAAUCCCCCUGACGGCGUCGUCAUCAAUGUGCUCAACAUGGCCUCUCGCCACCAAGACGCAGACCUGGCUACUCGGGCUAUCGAGCUUCUCGCAGAAAGGGGUGUCCGAUUAGGGCUGCAUCACUACGAAGCGUUGGUGGAAUGCUACGCCUACAACGGCGACCUUCUGAACGCGCUGCAGGUGCUUUGCAUCAUGGAGGGCGCAGAUAUUUCUCCGGGGGCCGCCAGCACGCGGUCCAUCUUUCUUCUCUUCAGACGGUCGCCCGAACUGCUGGACGGCGUCAAAGAGAUGAUGGAAAACUUGAAGGCGGCGGGCUACAAAAUCCCCAUCGCGGCUUUAAACGUGGUGCUUGAAGCCGUCUGCGAGGAAGGACCGACAGUUGACAAGGCAUUCGGCAUGUACCGCGACCUCCUGCACCUCUGCUCGUCGGGACCAGACCUACGCACCUUCCAAAUUCUCCUGCAGAAGGCGCAGAAGGCUCAGACGGCGCAGGAGCUAGAGUCGGAGAUGCUGAUGUACACGCUCAAGCCCACGCGGGACAUGUACGAAGACUUUGUGAGGUGCUCGAUUGUGGACGGCGACCUCAACACCGCCUUCAAUUACCUGGCGCAAAUGGAGCUAGCGCCCUUGGCGAGAAAUUCUUCGAGGCGCAUGUGGAUCAGUCACCCGACUUUGGUCCAGCUGCUUAAGCGCUGCUUCAACGAGAUGGAUCCCAGAGCGUGGGCAGUUGUUGAUGUGGCCAGGGAGAGGAAGAUCGACCUCGAGAUUGAGAUCAAGAAGUUGCUUGCCGAGAUGCCAAAGGAGACAGCUGUGUCGGAUCAAAGAGCGCAAGAAGCGAUCACGAUGAUGGGCGCCGUGCGUCCAGCGUAUGAAGAGGCUUUGGAUGCUGGCGAUCUCAAAACAUUGAGCUCAUCUGCAGCUUGA